UUGUUUAAUGUCUAAAACAUGGGCCUAUGUUUAAAAUACACAUGAAUACAACAUGUGUUAAUCCUGCGGGAUUAAAAACGUGUAGUUCUGAUCAGUAUUUCUUGUUAAACAUGAUCCCCCGUCCCUAAAAUGAACUUUUGAAUAAGUGUUAAGUGCUGCCUGCCACUCUCCUCCCUCUCUGACACACAAAUGUAAAGUAAAUCCGCGUUCACAGGACGCGCUGCAACUUUCUUUUCGAAGCUGCUCUUAAAAUCACUACCAACAACGGCCCAUUUUAGCCAAGUCGUCGCCAUUUUAUUAAGCGUCUAAAUAGCCCUCCUCCUCCCCUAUCGCCUAUUAAGAACCACACAGAGAUCCAGUGCUGUGUUCACAGUUUUAUCCCCUCCUCUCUGAUCCUCUGACCACAUGCAAAUGGCCACGCAGUUGCAUUCCCGCACAUCCUCAACCUCUGCUCUGUAGCGCACACACACACACACACACUGCUGCAGCAGCCCUCAGUCCUCCUGACACGUUAACACAGCCUGUGCGUGCGCAUAUACGAGAGCAGCACACAGUCUGAGCCAUUAUUAUUAUCGCAGGCGGGAGCGACACAACUUUCCCCGAGAGAAGUGGGAGAAAAAUCACAUCCAGUGUAACCAGUCCGCCACCUAGCUGCGGAGACGCGCCGACGACGGAGAUGUGUCGACUGUAUGAUUAUGAAAACACCCGCGCCAAUGUUGUUGCACAGCAGGCUCCGCGCUCGGAUGGGACUGAAACUCGGUGUUAGGAGGUGUUUUAACCUCCGCUGGCCUCAGUUAUGUAAUCAAAGCAACAUCUAAUGCACCAAAGACUGGAUCGCUGUCGGUGUGAAGAAGAAGAAGGAGAAGAAGAAGAGGGGAGCAGGACAGCAACACCUUCACCUCCUGCCUAAACGCAGUUGGCUCCGGGACGCGCUCUCGGAUUGAGCCGAAAAGAGAAGAGAGAGACCUUGACUGAAUGAAGGCACCAAACUGCGGCUGUUAUUAUAGGAUAUUCUUUUGGAAAUCGUCUGACCUAGACCUGCAUUCAGCUCAUUGUCCUUGACCCCAUUACCACCACCAGGUACAUUUGAAAGUCUUAUACUGGGCAUCCCACAGCAUCCUGCGUCUCCCCCUGUCUCUGAUGGACCAGAGAGUGAAGGGGGGGACCCCUCCGGCCACAAACUCCACUCUGAGCCCCACAGCUGCACUGGAGGACUCAGAACAGGACCAAGUGGCAGAGAAGAAGAGACGGUGUGAUGGGGAGAACACAGAUGUGGGGAAAAAGGAGCAGGAGAAAAAAGGAACAGGAAGGAAGAGAGAAGGAGACAAGGGGGCAGUACUGGAGUUGCUCAUAGAGGGGCGCUGUGGAAGCUCAGGGCAGCAACAGCUUCAGAUCUCUGGCAAAGAGACCAGUUGCCCUGAGGGCAAUGUACGACUCCGGAUGGGAAUUCAAGCAAAACGCACCAAGAAACCACCCAAGAUCUUGGAGAGCUAUGUCUGCAAGCCCACCAUUAGGACCUAUCAGAGACAGGGCAGGGGAGGGCUGCUGAGGGGGGACACUGAAGGAUUGGGGCAGCAGAGUAAAAGCAGCUCUAUUCCAGAUGAGACAACCAGAGAGCAACACUCAGGCUUGGAUGUUAUUUCAUCACUAUCAUCUUCGUCGUCGUCACAGCAACUGCCAUUACCAUCCACCCCAGCCUCAGUCCCCACCAUAGCCAACCAAGGGUCAAAGUCUGCCAAACAGGUUCCUGUCAAGCUGGCCGAUAAAACAGAGGUGAAUUCAAAUGGUUCAUCUGAGAGAGCGAAGAAAGAGAGGCUUCCUAGUAUCAAUGGUCAGCCCGUUCCUGCAGGACACAAAUCCUGCUCACCCACAACAGACCAGGCUGCUUCAACUACUCCUUCCACACCAUGCAUCCAGUCUGCAUCUGAGACCAGAAAUGAAAGAAACACCACCAAGAAACAUAACGGUUUGGUACGGACAGCGAGACAGAAGGGACUAUCAAAUGGAAAAGUCUGUGCCAACAAUCUUGGCACCUCCUCGAAAAUCAAAGUUGGAAAAAACAGCAGUUCUUCCUCUAUUUCUUCCAUGGACUCCUCGUCAAGACCUCCAGUCUCCACCAGCUCCCAUAGAGAACUUAGCCUGUCCAAUAAGAGUAAUCCAGACUCGCCUUCCUCUCCCUCAGCCACCCCUAAACCACAGUCUGCCCCCUCUGUGGAUCUCUCUGCCCAAUCUCAAGAUCAGAAUCCCUCUGUACAGACCUCACUGGAGAAAAAGAGAGAGAAAGAGAGGAAGACAAAGAAAGAGAAACGGAAAGACAAAAAAUCUAAACGAGAUAGGUUGGAAGCUGAAAGAGCAAAGAGUGGUGACGAGGAGGGCAAGAAGAAGAAAAAGGAGAAUGGGAAAGAUGGAAAACCAAGGCAUGGUAAACAAAAAGCUGAAAGACAAAGGACUGACGAUAGGUGGAGAGAUAAUCUGAAGACUGAAAGAGGAAAGGCUGAGAAAAAGAGGGACAAACUUAGUCCAGACAGACAAAGAACAGAAGACAAUAAUCAGAAAUGUGGUGAAACAUUUGAUUGUGGUAAACUAGAUAAAACCUGUAAAGUACUGAAUCCAGGCAGACCAGAAGAGAAGAAUGAGACAGAUGACAGUUGCGGGUCAGUUAAACUAGCUGAGCCAAUAACAACAGGUGAAACUAGUAAAUCAAAAGAACAAGACAGCUCAAGACAUUCAGCUGUGCCUCUAAGCCAUCCCUCUUGUUCUGCUCCUCCCACUCUGCCAACUCUGUCUGCCCGUGCCCCAGUUUCUCCCCCCUCUUUCCCCCAAGAGCAAGACAGCCGCCCACUAAAGAAACGUAAAGCGAGAAGGCCCAGCUGGACCAAGCUGGUGCACCGCGCUCAUAGAGCAGAAAAUCAUGAAAACCCUUCAGAUUCCCAACAUAAUCCUUUACUAAGUUUUCCCCAGAACCCCAAGAUUUCUCUUCCUGCCAAGGCCAGUUUUCAGCAUACAGACGACACACAUACGGUAACUAGCGCAUUAAGCAGCAACUUAUCCGCACUCUCCUCUGCAACCAAACCUCCAUCCCCAAAGCAACCCAUGUCAGACCCUAGUCCCCCUGUGUCCAGAUGCCCCAUAACUCCUACUCGAAAAAGGGGCCGCCCUCAAUCCCACAGCUCUAGUUUAAAUGGGCCUCCACCUAGACUUUCAGCAAAUGCUGUUCCAGCUGAGGAGCCUCUUCUUGGGUGUAACGACAUUCAGAAAGCCCCUGUGCUGGAGCCAAGUCCGGUACUUGCAGCUCAGUCUAAAUCCAGCCCCAAGAAGCGUGGCCGUCCUCCCAAGCGACCCCUCCCCGAGGACCAGAGUGAAGAUGCACUGAAUCAUGCUGAUAAUACAGACAGGAGUAAAGAUUUUCAUACUUCUGACAAGGGGAACAGGCAGCUUAAGAUCAGGAGGAUUAUUAACGAGAUGAAGAAAAGAAAGAAGAGGAGACUUCACAAAGUAAUGCUGUCCAGUUAUGUGGGAAAGGAGGGAAGGGGUGUUGAGGCAGCAGAUGGUGAGACCACUUUAAGAAUGUGUAAAUCAAUAGAGUCUACAACAGUACAGACACUCUCAGCCCUGUCCUCCUCUUUUGGGAGUAAGCUGGGCCCACAGAUCAAUGUGAGCAAGAGAGGGACCAUCUACAUGGGCAAGAGGCGAGGACGCAAGCCUAAAGUCCAAACAGCGAAUGUAAAUUCCAAUGCCCAGAGCUCCACUCAGUCGUCUCUGUUUACCAAUCCCACUGAAACAUCUCUCUUCUCAUCUACCCAACCUCAGCCUCCUCCUCCCUCUCACCCUUUUCCGUCCCCAUCUCUUACACACUCCAGUGGGGCUCAGAGUCCCUACAGUGAGGGAAGCGUCACCGAACCAACAUCUACCCUACAUUUUCCUCACCACUUCUCCCUCCCUUCCCCAUCAUCAUCCUGUACCUCCCCGCGUCCUCCCUCCUCCUGUUCUAUCUCUCCAUUUGUGAAGAAGUGUUGUCCAUGCCAGGGAAGGCACCACUUCCCCUUUCACCAGUCAUCAUGUAAGCUCUCCUUUCCCACCACUCCACUACACCACACACCUGGCUCUCCUGGCCACAUCAAAGAUGCCACCCCCUCCCCAAGGAGUGAAUCACAUAGUGAGGAAACACUGCCUAGUGAUAGCGGAAUUGGAACAGAUAACAACAGUGUGUCUGAGCGAGGGGAGAUGAGGAGAGCACGAGGCAUUCUCACACUGGGCCAGGGGUCAGGAGUGAUGCUUGGGAGUCAGAGACACCCCUCUCUUGUUGACCGUCCCUCUCCGGUUUCCUCACCUCCCUCUCAUAUCCCCAGGCACACAAACCUAAUCAGUAACUCAAGUAAUGUGGAGCGGCACAGAGACAGACAUCGGCACAGGAGGAGGGAUUACGACUGUUCCUCUCCUUGUACUUGCUUGUGCCCCUGCCCAGGACACAAUAAGUGCACUCAUUCAGACUUUUAUCCUUGCCUUGGGCACAAUGCACUGAAGAGACAGAAAAACAAACAUAAAAAGAAGCACCAGCAGCUACACACACAGGAUCCAGACUUUCUGGCUGAACUUGAAGAUCUGAUUGUUCAAUUCAGUGAGGUCCAUAUCGGAAGACGAAGUUGGAUGAGGACAGAAUUGGGACAAGGUUUUGAUGGGAGUGGGUCUGCAGCUGGAGGAAGGCGCCAUCACCCCUCCUCCCAUCCGCACCGCUCCAACAUCUUCAGGAUCAAUCUGAAUGGUUUCUACUCACCUCAUCCUUCAUCUUACCCCACUAAUCCUUCCUUCUCCCCGCAGCCUUUCUACCCCUGCCAGCCAGUGCAUUGUAACAGAAAGCCAGACCGCAGGCAGUGUGGCUGCCCCUCAAAGUUCCAGGAGACCAUUGAAAAUAUGGGCUUUUACAGCAGCUAUCCCCCAGCCACCGCACUUUACCAUCACCUCCCCAGCUCCUACUCACUUCCAUCUCCCCACCAGUUUGGCCCCCAUCAGCUCCAUCAUGCCCAUUUCCUCCUCAACCCCGCCAGAUUCCACAGACGCAGGAGCAGGUUGCUGAGAGAGGGAGCAUUGGGCGGAGAGGUUGAUGGAGAUGUAGGAGGAGGCAGUGGAGGAGGCCCACAUCUCAGCUCAGGGUUCACAUCCAGCCUUUCCUGUGGCUGUGGGAGGAGCGAACACAAACACAAACAUAAACACCGUCACCGGCACUGCGAGCGAGACAUGGAUGAUGAUGAGGAGUUGCAUGGGGACGAGGAGGAAGACAGCAUGGAGAGGGAGAGAUUGACCAGCUCAAAGCACAGGCCUGGGUUCAUUUUGGGGCAAGGAGAUGAAGGAAGGAAAGGGACAAGAGGAAUGGGGAACAUGCUGUCCAAAGAAUCGCCUUGGUUACGUGAGAAUGAAAAUAAUUCUUUCUCUGCUGCUGCUGCUGCCACGUCAUCAUCAUCAUCAUCACUGUCCACUGCUGAGAGGUACAAACACAUGUCUCUCACCUCACUGGGGCUGGGUUCCUCUCACCUGUCUUCAUUUGGAGGAGGCUGGGGUGGGCUGGACCAGAGCCGGAUGAAAUUUGGCAGCCUGGGGGGCUUGGCGUUUGGAAACCCAAACCCCAGCUGGAGAGGCUUCACUGGGGAGCAACAAACAGGCAGACUGGUUGCAUCAGACAUCAGAUCUUCAGAGGACGAAGAUGGCGACGACGCUGAAGAGUCACACCUGUACAGGACAUCACCGUCCCCAACACAUACUAACCUGUUCACAUCUGCUGCCAUGGCAACAGGAGGGAGGGGUCCAAGGAGUGGAUUGUCCAGGAGAAUUUCAGGAAAUGAAGAUAGGUCAUGGAGGAGAGAUGAGCCAGCUUGGAGAGAGAGGAGAGAUUCAGGUUUACAAGGUGACUCAAGAAGCCGGGGGCAGCAGAAAAGUGUGCCAGCGCCUGACAGUGUGACGGUGAAAAGCAAAAGGCGGCCAGGACGGCCCAGGAAGAACCCACUGCCCUUCACUGCAUCCUCCCCCACACACUUAUCCACAGCUCCCUCCAUGUCAUCGCUCGACCUCGUGCCGGGACAAAACCACAACACAGACGCAAGAGAGGUGGGCGGGAGAAAAGAGGAAAGAGCGUUAGAGAGAGAUGGAGGAGGUGUCACGAUGCAGCAGGUGACAGAGUUGGAGCUGCAGGCCAGGAAGAAGAGAGGGAGGAAAAGAAAACAUGGUGACUCUCCCUGUCAUCAGAGUGUUGCUGUGGAUUUGCCCGAGUGUGACACCCUCCCUGAAUGUUUUAGCCAACCGGAUGUGGAUCAGGCUCCGUCCCAACCAGUAACCAUCCAAGAAGAGGAGAGAGCUGACAGUCAUCCCAAGAAGAGGUUUUUGAGGGCUGGUCUUUACUCCGAUGAUUACAAAACCACAGACCCUCCCGCUAAAGCCAAGCAGAAGUGCAGAGAGAGUUUGGAGUAUACACCAGGGGAGCACGAGUACACACUUUUACCUGCUCCCAUACAUGUUGGGAAAUACCUGAGGCUGAAGCGGAUUCAUUUCCAAUUACCUUAUGAUGUUAUGUGGCUGUGGCAGCACAACCAGCUUCAGAGACAGCCCGCUGUUCCACUGAAGAGGAAGCGUCGUUACUGCCGACUGAAGGAAAGGACCAUAUCUCCUCACCAGACAACAGAGGAGAGUUCCAGUGACAUUACCAGUCUGUUCCCUCAUCUUGACAUGGAUCCUCUGACCAGCAGCGAGAGGAGCUUUGUGGUGAAGCACCACGUGUUCCUCGUGAGGAACUGGGAGCUCAUGAGAGACAGACAGAUCCGACUGAGGAUACAGAGGGACAGAGAGAGAGACGCAGAGGGGGAGGAGAGGGACUCAAUAGCUCCGUCCUGUGAUGGAGCCAAUGGGGACGACAGCCACAUCAAGUCAGAUCAGCAAGUGGGGGUGGAGGUGACGGUUAUCAGCAGUGACCCCCUCCAUCAGAGUCAGGACACCUCCAGCUUGCACACUGCCAGCCCCUUUCCCACCAGAACCCAGAGCAGAGAGGAGGAGAGAGAGAAUGAAAAACCAGGGGAAGAAGAGGCCUGCAGCAGAGAACAGAGGAGGAGGCGGCUUAAUGAUUUACUUUUGACCCUGCAGCACUCAUAAGCUAACACAGAGAGUAUUUCACCUUCAUGUAGGUGGGAGCACUCUGAAAAGGGACCAGGCCCACCACUGGACAUAUGGACACAAACUGAUGUCACACAGCACUGCUAUUAACAGUAGCAGUGCCGCAGAGAACAAGCGAGAAAAAAAGAUGCAGAAUUAUAGAGGCUAAAACUGCAAGAAAGACAUCUCACACACUGACAGACGAGUGUGUUGAACCCAGCACUCUGAAGGGCAUCACACCAAGGAUGAAACCAUGGCAACGCACCUUUUGUCCAAGCGGCGAGGGAUGAAAGAAUCAGAUAGACUGUCCCAGAUGGAAGACAGAAACAGACCAGCUGAAAUGAAUUUGCACUAGUGCUGGAUGAACAAGCACACUAAAGACUGUAUGUAUGCUGAGUGGACACACUAUAAAUGCACACACAUACACUUUGACUGCUCUUACUUCAGCACCUUAAGCAAACUGGGAAAGACAGAGUUUGAAAGUGGAUGUACAUAAUACUCUUUGAGCAUUUGGGUUCUGAAGUUUCCAUGAGACAAGGAGCUCACAAACUGCCUGGAGGAACAAAAAUGUAGCCCAGGCCCUAAGUAGGUCAAAUUUGAACCCUAAUUUCCUUGUAAGACUUUCAAAGUCACACUGCACCUUUGGGAAAAUGGCACACGGGGAAAGUAAGCCAGUAAAAAAAAAAAAAUCUGUUGAGAUAGUGUUAGGGUUUUUCUUCACAUAGUGUCUGCUAUGUACCAGUGAAAAGGCAGGGGGAGGGGGCUGGGCUUAGUGAUAGGAAUUUUGGCAACGCUGCAAGAGAAUUUCUAAUGAGGUUUUAAGAAAGAAGUUAUUUUUGAAAAAAAACAAAAAAAAACAGGCAGCUUGAGUACUGUCUGCUAAAGAAAUGGACAAAAUAUGUUCACGAUAGGAAUGUUUAUUGUUGACUGUUUUCAGUAUUGCUUCCUUUGGAAGGGAGGGAGGGUGUAAAAAAAAAAAAGUGUUUCUGUUUACUUCAGGCUGCCUUUGAGAAUGUUACGCUCUUUGCUCCGGAGCAUUGACAAUCAGAAUGCUGUCAGAAGGGGAGAAAGACACAAGAGAGGAAAGGGAAUGAAAAGUGAUUUGCCCCAAAUGCUCUGUAGAAGUGCCAUGUUGUCUUGUGUACCUUACUAAGCGCUCUCAUGCAGUCUUUAAAAAGCAAUAUCUCCUCUGGUAACAACUAUAUAAGGACUUCCUUUGUUGUUUUGAUUACUAUUUUCUUUUUUAAAGUUGUGAAUAUUUGCGGUUUGGACGUCAUUUUCUUCUGUACAGAUGCAGAGUAGUUUGUGCUUGGGCUAAUCCACUUUGUGGAAGUCACCGUAAGCAUUUAGUUUCAUGUGAAUGUACAUAGAGAGAGAGAGAGAGAGAGACCUGUUUUCCUUCUAUCAGCAGUAGCGUGUAAAUCUAUUAUCAUACAUGACAAUAUUAUUGGGAUUAUACAUAAAGGAUAAUAACUAUAUCUUUCAUUUACUAAGAUGUUUUUAACCAGAUAUACAGCUGACCAAUAUAUCACACAUUUCUCCUUAAAAUUGAUGAUGAUUGUAUGUAAUUUUUGUAGAAUUAUAUUAUUUGUCUCUUUUUUAGAUGAACGUAAUCCCUUUUUUUUUUUUUUUUCUUAAAUUGGUCAGACAAUCAGUGACAGUGAAUUAGUUUGUUUGCAGUGUUACAUUUUUGCUCUCUUUCAGUAGUGUGGCUUCUAAUACCAAGCCAAGAAAGUGCAAUUUCUUUGACUGUUUACAUACUGUACGUAUAUUUUUCCUCUUUUCUUUUCUCUCUUUUUUUUUUUUAACUAAGAGCACUAUGUUUUUGCCAGUGGAUGAUUACGUUUAUAGCAAAGGUACCCAUUAAGAGUUAUUCACUAGUUUGCAUGACAUGUAUCCUUCGCCUGUUGCCUCUAAAGAUGUGCAUCUGCAAACAAAACAUCAAAUGCUGUUGAAACUCAUUGCCAUAGAAUGUCUGCUCAGAUGUUUUGCCUCUAUAUCCAUAAUAAUAACAACAACAAUAGUAAUAAUAAUAAUAAUAAAAAAAGCAUUUUAUGUCCACUAGUACUAAA